GGGUACCUUGGAGCCAGAUAUCCCUCUGUGGAAAGUUUGAGGACGGUCUUUUGGAGUUUUGGAGAGAAGAGUGUGCGCAUCUCCGGACUGAUUACGCACCGAGCGUCUGUGGAUUUACGCGGAGCUGAGACAUAACUGGAAGUUACAUUUGUGAAAAUCCGUCGACAUCAGUUGCUGCCAGCAUGAAUAAUGGAUCCAACCGAACUAUUGACCCGAGCUGCAACAGUCAACCUCCUCUCGCCAUCGACAUCAUCCUCAAGUUGGAUGUCUUUGGCAUCAUCCUGUACUCCAUCCUCACGUUCAUGGCGACAAUGUCUAUGCUGGUCUUCAUAGAGGAGUGCGUCUACAUCUAUAGGAAAGUGCCAGCAAAUAAGAAGAGUGUAAUUAUUUGGGUGAACGGGGCAGCACCGGUGAUUGCCACCAUGUCCUGUCUGGGGAUGUGGAUCCCCAGAGCCAUCAUGUUUACUGAUAUGACAUCUGCCUGCUACUUUGCCAUUGUGGUGUUCAAGUUCCUGAUCCUGAUGCUGGAGGAGGUGGGUGGCGAUGAGGCCUUCCUGAAGCGAGCAGGGAGACAUAAACUGAAGAUCAGCACAGGGCCCUGUUGCUGCUGCUGCCUCUGCCUGCCGCACGUCGCCAUCACACGGCGUUCUCUCUUCCUGCUCAAACUUGGCUCGUUCCAGUUUGCCCUCCUGAAGAUUGUCUUCACCAUCCUCUCCAUUGUCCUCUCGACCAAUGGGAACUUUGAUCUAGAUGAUUUGUCGAUUACCGGAGCUGCUAUAUGGAUCAAUCCAUUCGUGGGCAUCUUAACAAUCAUAGCCCUAUGGCCUGUAGCGAUCAUGUUCAUGCAUCUGAAGGUAGCCUUAAAGACGCUCAAGAUCAUCCCCAAGUAUGCCAUGUAUCAGCUGGUGCUGAUCCUGAGCCAGCUGCAGACAGCCAUCAUUAACAUCUUGGCUCUGAAUGGAACCAUUGCCUGCACUCCACCUUUUUCUUCCAAAGCCAGGGGAUACAUGAUGAGUCAGCAGCUGUUGAUCCUGGAGAUGUUCAUCAUCACGCUGGUAACGCGACUGCUGUAUCGACGGCAGUACGAUCCUUUACCUGAAGAAGAACACGACGACAAUGAAAAUACCAAGAUGGUUUCAAUUCCGGAGUCUGCAUGAGAACUGAGUGUGUGUGUUUGUGUGUCUUUCUAUGGUUGUGUGGCCCAAACUUCGGUUCAGAACUAUCAUUGUGAGGAUAUUAGGGUUACGGUUAAGGUAGGGGGCCCUGGGGGCAAGAGAACACAUUACGUCAAUGAAUAUCCUCACAAAGAUAGUAAAACAAGAAUGUACGUGUUUGUAUGUGUGUGCAUGCCAUUUUUAUUUUCCCACAUUUAUUUGAUUAAGAGAUGAUAUAAGUGUAUGAAUAAAUACGAAUAUGAAUUAUAUGUUGAAUAAUCUUGUGGAUGCUCAUUAAGGAUCACGGAACUGCUUGAUUGCUGGGGAUACUCAGGUCACAUGUACUUUAUCCAAUGCCUCAUUUCAAUUUGUUUUUACCAAAAACAAAAAAAAGAGAGAGCGAGAGAGAGAGAGAGAGAGAGAGAGAGAGAGAGCAUGCAUGUUCAUGCUAGAGGCUCAAACGGUAAUGCUUUAUUUUAUAGGACUGUAAUUACCUUAUACUUUCUGAGGAAGUGUCCUGGGAAGUGAAGUGGAUAUUUGCUUAUAAUCAAAAUUAAACUAGAAAGAAACAGAUCAGUGAUGUCUCAUAAGGAUGAAUUUUACACAGGCAAAAUUAUUUUGGUAUUUUCUGUAUGUGGUUGAAUUAUCCUUGGCAAGCAAGCAAACAAAAGAAA